AUGGGAUACCGGACCGGUGCUUUGCUCGCGUCGACGUGCUUUUUCUGUGGCAUUUUAUUCGUGUGCUUCAACGUCGACCAGCGCAUUUUGUUCUUGGCGAAGACAGAACAGAGGACACAGGAUGCCUUUGCGUUCUAUGCUCUCUUUUAUAAUGCCCCCUCUGCGAUAAAGGCACUCAUGCAUGGCAUGAUGGGAGUGUUGGUCCUCGCAAUUAUAUCCAAGUUGCAGAAGUUGGACGAGAGCGCGCUGUACUUCGACGGAGGCUCGUUAGCUUGCGCUAUCUUCUCCUUCGCGCUGUACACGUCUACGUCCAUCCCGGCCCUUCGUACCAUCAACGAGCCCGUACCCGACGUGGACACUCCCGAAGACCAGCGCGCAGCCGUCGAACUCCUGGGCGCAUCAAACGUCCUCUGCCUCCUGCUUAUGGUAGGAAUCAUCUUCCUUCAAGCAGGUCAAGCAUGGGCACAGAACAUCGAGAGGAAGGCGAUGCUUCAGAUUGAAGAGGAGGAGCGACUGGAGAGGGAGAAGGCGUCUGGCAAGGCACCGGAGACGAAGAAGGAAAAGUAG